AUUUAUAGGCACUGAAUCAUGUCUUUGCGCGUAGUUUAUAGUAAAUCGUUUGGAGUAAAAUACAAAGCUCCUAUUUGUUCUAAAGCAUUUAUUUUAUAUGCGGUAAUAACGUUAUUGACUUUUAUACUGCCAUUUCUAUUUUGUUAUCGGAGUAACGGUAAAUUUUAGAUUUUUUACUUAGAUUUUACUUAGAAUAUUAUUUUAAUACGGUCGUUCUCUGCAGGAUUAUGGCUUAAGUAUGAAACGUAUAGAGAGCAGCCUAGGGUCCAAUUUAAAUUACAGUAUUUAUUAUACGCAGAAACAUCUGAUCAUACGUCUCCAUUGAUUUGCGGAAAUUUUCCACGGACAUUACAAAUCACGGAUGCUUGUUCUACUAUAAAGGUAUAUACGACCUAUUAUAAAGUUCUAUAUUUUUAAAAAAAUAAAAAUAUUCCUACCAUACUUGAUAUUUUUUAUUUUAUUAGGUUAUAGAGGAAGACACUAAUAUAGACGGGAAAAACGAAUUUCUUGAUUUAGAGUUAUACUUGACGACGAAUGACACUGUCGAUGUACUUUCUAUAGCAUUAUUGUUAAUAUUCGAUUUUAAAAUUCAAGUAAAAUAUGUUAUUAAAAUAUUUAUACAUAUAUAUAUUUAAAAUUAGUAUUUAGUGACUGUCAUACACUUUUUUCUAUUAUAGGAUAUGUGUUUAUUUGAAAUGGAAUCUAUGGUUGUAAUUAAUCAUAGUUCUGGAUUGCCUGGCGGUAGAUUGAACGUAUUUGGUGAUUUAGACUUAAUACAGAAAUUACCGUUAGUUUGUUCAACGAGGAGACCUAUUCGUAUAAAUAAGCCCAUAUUGUUAUUUGAAUCCCCUGAUUGGCUUGUUAAUAUUUACGAGGAGUACUCAAAACGAACUCGUUAGUUAUUUUUUUUUUCGUUCACACUCGUAUUAUUCGAAUAUGAGUACUAAUAUACCAUCACAAUUAUUUACAAUUAUAGAUUCUACCAAAUUAAAUAACGUUUUGGUGAAAUGGACAAGAGGUCGAUCUUAUCAACAACCGUUUGUAGUGAAAACCAAAAUAAAUUACAAUUCGGUUGAGAUUAUGUAUAAACCGAAAUUUUGGCAAGUUAUGAAGUGGGCAUGGAUUCAAUAUUUUUCAACACUCGUGUUAUCAGUAUUUGUAUUUAAAAAAAUUAAAAAAUUUGUAUUCACAAAACAUAUAGUUAAUACGUUAAUUGAACGCUCAAUGUGAAAUUAUGAAUAAAUAGCUACGAGAAAUAUAGUUCACUUGAAUAAUUAAAUGGUUAAAUGGGAAUACAAGUAUAAGGUACAUUUUACAUGUUUUAUAGUAUUAAAUUAUUUAUUGCAUAAUACUCUAAUAGAAAUAGUUAAUUCCAGCUUCCAGGAAAUGUUUUAAUAAAAAGAAAAGUUAAAAAUGUUGUACACAUAAUUAUUAUAAUAACUUAAUAUAUUUUCUUAUUUUGGUUUGGUUUGUUAACUAAAGUUAUUUUGUUCAUUAAAAUCUAAAGUUUUGACACGAAUAUAACAAUUUGACACUGUGUUGAACAAAUUUAAGUAUAGUAUACGAUUGUGUGAAUAAAAAAUGUUACGAUUCAAUAAUAGACGUCAUUUGUAUAAUAAUUAUGGCUGGAUAAGAAAUAAUAUUACCGUUGUACGACAAUAGAUAAUGGACAAGAUGUCUUUAUUAAAACGACCUAACAAUUUAUUCAUUCAUAUUCGCAAGCGUAAUAUACUGAUAUAAUACAUAUAAUGUAGGUAGGUGUAGCAAUCAGAUGUAGAAUGUCUGUCAGUUUUGACACGUAUCGAGAGGUAUACAAUGUGACGAGGGUACAUGAUAUGCAGUGUAAUGCAUAAUAUAAUAUAUAUUAUAUACAAUGCAGAUCGUAAUUACUAAAUGAAAUAAAAUCUAGAGAACAAUGUUUACUAAACAAAAUUUAAAUUUAAAUCGUCAUUUGAAAAUAUAACAUUAUCCAAACGGGGAUAUUAUAAUAUUUUAAUUCGCGUGUUAUAUUUUAAUAAUUUAUCUAUAAUACGAGUAUUUUGGUAAAUAAUUGAUUUAGAGCAGUACUGCUGGUUUGCAGCUAGACAAUAUCUUGUGGGUUAUCGCACUAUUUUUCGUUAGGAUAUAAUAGAAAAGGAUAAUUUUACCGGAUGUAAAUAACAGCGUAAC